AUGGAACUCAACCGAGAACAUUUUCGCGCCAUAAUUUAUUACAACUUUCAUAGAAAAUUAUCGCAACAAGAAUGCCUUGCUGGGUUACUGUCUGUUUUCGGCAACGAAGCGCCACAUCAUCUUAGCGACGAUCCCAGGGUGGGUGCACCAAAAACGGCAGUCACCCAGGAAAACGUCGACGCUGUGCGCAAACUCAUAAUUGAAGAUAGACAUGUGACAUAUCGCGACAUUGAGGCGUCCUUGAAGAUCUCAAAGACCUCAAUGAAAAUAAUUUUACAUGAAGAAUUAGGAGUAAGAAAAUUAGUUUCUCGUUGGAUACCCCACCUGUUGACUGAAGAGCAGAAAGCAGCCAGGGUUAAUUGGUGUCAAAAAACGCUUGAGCGCUUCAAUUACGGAAACUCAAAAAAUCGAACAAAAGUCAUCCGUUCUCGAAGUGUUUCGAAGAAGAUGGUCGCGACAUUUGUGUCAAAAGCGGGUCAUAUUGCAACAAUUCUUCUUAAUGAGCAAAUAACUGUUACUGCGGAUUGGUAUACCACCAUUUGUUUGCCAAAAGUCAUCACCGAGCUUCGAAAAAUCAACCCCGAAAGAAGAAUCAUCCUCCACCAAGACAAUGCAAGCUCGCACACAGCCCAAAAAACAAGGCAGUAUUUAACGGAACAAAACGUGGAAUUAUUGGACCAUCCUCCAUAUAGUCUCGAUCUAAGUCCUAACGAUUUCUUUACUUUCCCGAAAAUUAAAAACAGACUGCGUGGUCAAAGGUUCCAGUCACCAGAAGAAGCAGUUGACGCAUUCAAAAAUGCCGUUUUGGAUCUGCCAGCAAACGAGUGGAAUAAGUGCUUCGAAAAUUGGUUCGAGCGCAUGCAGGUAUGUAAUAAUCUUCGUGGAGAAUACUUCGAUAAACAAUAA